GCCAAGCACCGCCUCUUUCCGUAUAGCCCCUUGGGAGUAGGGGGUGUGCAGCCUACUCGUCCCGCCCCUGCCUCUGAGUGACAGGACCGUGGACAGCAACAUUUCCAGCAGGACACGAAGUUUGUCGGCCCUUGCCUUGGCUGAGCUAAGUAAGAAAAAGCAACCAAGAACAUUGUUAUUGGUAUCCGGAAUUGAAUUUGCCAGGAAUGCAAGCACGGCUUCUUCAGUAAAGAUCUUGCCUUUGGAAACAUCUUACCUCUUGGCAGCUCUCCGGAGUUCAGACUUAGCAACAUCAAGGACACAACACAAGACUACACAUCCAAAACGUGUUGGUAGGAAAGCUCAUGUACUUCCAUGACCCAGAUGCAGCCAUGGGAAGAGAGUGGCUAAUUAUGCAGUGACACAUUGGUCAUAACAAAUUUCAAAAGGGGGACUAUGAAGUGCAAUAUUGUCUCUACCCAGAGGGAAAGGAGAUUUGGAAGAUAUCAGGCAUUUUGGAGAUCAAAGAUGGGUAGAAAAGAUGCCUCCACUGUAAAACUUCCUGUUGAUCAGUACAGAAAGCAAAUUGGUAAACAAGAUUAUAAAAAAACCAAACCUAUUUUACGAGCAACCAAAUUAAAAGCAGAAGCAAAGAAAACAGCAAUAGGCAUAAAGGAAGUUGGCCUCGUACUUGCAGCUAUAUUGGCCCUCCUACUGGCUUUCUAUGCUUUCUUUUAUCUCAGACUGUCCACAGAUGUUGACCCUGAUCUGAAACCAGAUGAAGAUUAGCUGAACAGCAAUCAAUGCAUUAAAGGGAAAUAAUUUCAUAAAAGCACCCCUUGGGACCAAUACUUUCUAAAGUACUGAAACUGGAACAUCUUGGAUUCUUUCUGCUGGUAUUUUUAGUUUUCAGAAAUAUCUUUUUAAAUAGUUGCAUAGGAUAUCAAGAAAAGAACCUUACCUAGCAAUGUAGUAUAAUGUAUGCUCCCGGGUACUUUUAUAAAAAUCUUUGUACUUUGACAGGCAACCUAUUCAUGGUGCGUUUAGAUAAAAUGGAAAACAGAUCCCAAAUUCUUCGGAUGUCUUAGCCAAUUUAUGUGUAUAACUUCAUCGCUUACAGAUUACUAAAUCUAUUUUUGUUCCAUAUACAUCAUAAGUAAAAGUAUAUAUCCUCAUUUACAGAAACAUUCUCAAAUCAGAUUCAGAGCCUAAGAAGGAAUAAAAAGUCAUGGGGAAUUUUUCAUUUUACAAAGAAGCCCUGCUUUCUUUCCAGACAUAUUUUAUAUCAUUAGAGGAACUAUCUGCACAUACAUCUACAGUAAUCUUUUUCCUUCUUUGCCAACUGUUCAGUGCACAUGUGCUCCAUCAGAAAUGGCACCUGGAUGACAGAAGCUCAAAGAGUCACAUAUGUCUCUAAAAUAGAGUUCCUUUCCUCCUGGGCUGUCUGAACUGGUGUAAAUACAAAGUUCAGUUGAUCUUGAUUUUAAUUAACUUAUUAUUCUAUUAAUAUAAACUUGGAAUUCUAUUUUAAUUAUGUUGUUCUGACUGCUUGCAGUAUCAGUUUGCCCCUCUUGUUAGGGAGAUAUGUAACAAUCUGUCAUUUAAUUGUGCAGUUGUUUUUUUUUCCACAUAACAGUAACGAAGUCCUACCUACUCAGAAUAAUCUUGUUGGGUUGCCUCUUCAAUCUGAACUAUACGAAGUGGGUUUACAAAAUUACAUUUUGUCUCUUGAGAGUUAGUCAAUCACAACUGUUUUGUGAAAAAUAAAUAAUGAAAGAAAAUGUAUGCCUCACUACUCACAUAGGUAAUUUUUUGUUUAUAUAAAUUUUCAAGAUAUUUUGCAUUUGUUGGAGUAUAAUAAUCAAUGUAUUCAAAAUUUUUACUGGUAAUGGAGUUUUUAAAAUAACUUUAGAACACACGAAUACAUAAAGCUUUGAAAAUGGGAAAAUAUGUGUCCACAGCACAUUUGUUAGCUACUACUACCUUACAGAAAGAAGCAUAGAAAAUUAAUAGUUUGAAACAUGUGCACAAAGGGUUUUAUAUCAUAUCCAUUGUAUUUAUGAAGAGCAAAUAAAAUGUUAAGGUUGUUUUCAUAUUUGCCAAGAGAAGAAAGCCGUUGAUAAAUUCCCUAGAUCUUCUUUGAGACUUUUGCAGAUAGUUGACGAUGACUGAUGACUGUAUAGCAUUAUGUUCUGUAGAAUUUUUUCAAGUAGCAUAAUUUAUUUCAUCAACGUGAAAACAGCCAAAAGUUCCAGGAUCCUCACAGAUCAUUUAUGCCAAACAUCUGAGGGCAAAAUUUAGCCAGUGUUAUUUACUGGAUUCUUCUCCUUGAAAUCACAAACUCAUGAGACAGACCAAGAGUUCUUAUACACUCACCACAGCAGACCAAUCCAAGUGGCAUUUUUAGGAAAGGUUGCAGCAUUUAAUGCCAUGUGGUAUGUCUGUUCGUGAAGUGGGUGGCAAGGGAAUAUCCAAGCUGGCAUUUUGGAUAUGAUGGGCCUUUUCCUUUCCUGAGUGACACGCCACAUGUCAAGAAAUACUGCUUUUCCCUCACUCCUAUCACAUUUACGUGAACAAUUUUCACUUAGUUCUUUUACCUCCCAUAUGGUGUUAAAAACAGUCAUAUCAAAUAAAGAUUAUUUCUAAUUUCAGUAGUAGUUUAAAUGAGAAGAUAUAUAAUAAUUUGUUUAUUAGAUACCUAUCCAAGUGAGAUAUAACAGAAUUCACAGUAUUUAAAAUAGGUGAAUAUACUCUUGGAAAUGUCUGAAAAUUCACUACUGUGGAAAAAAAAAUGUUACUGUCCCCUUCUGUUCUUGAGGUGUUCUUUUGAGGGGAAAAAGUUGUUUCUGAUAGUAAUAAAUAUUAGUUUAUACAUAAUAUAAUUACAGGCAGGUUUCAUUACCUCGUUUCAUCGAUACCCUGAGUCUCUGGCUAGUCCAUUUGUAUAACUGACCUUACGACGGCUCCAGAGAACCACAAGUCCCAAAGACUCAACACUGACUUUAAUAAAUAGCAGGUAAACGGAGACAACAAUACAACACUGUUUUCAUGAAAUGCACAUUUUUCAUAUUCGUAUUGUCUGGGAAGCAGCCUGCAGAGAAAUCCCAGGUUGAAAUCUGGUUUGAAUCUUUGAAGACAGGGAGGUGAUAUUCGGCCUGCAUUUUCAGGGGACCACACUUCUGAACAGUGAGCGGUGUUUGGCAUAAAUCUGAGACUGGCACCAGACACAAAUUUCAGGCAUAGGUUUUUCUCCUCCAGUAAUGCACUGCUCAGAGGAAUUCAAAAGACAAGAACAGAAAAAUUGAAGUUAGAAUCUAUUUGUUAACAGGGUCUGCAGGAUAAAUUUCAGCUAAUGCCGUAGACUUCACAUCCAGCCUCAGGGAUACUGUGAAUGAAGUUCAAAGAGGUGCUGGUUCUUAUUUUGCAAAAUAAAGCACAUAUAAAUUCACCUGAGAGGAGAUACUGUGAAAAGAUAACCUCAUCUAGGAUUUCUUUUAAAACAAAUGAACAAAAAGCAUAUCAUAGGACCGAUACGGAGUUUGUUUUAAGUUGGCAAAUACUUGAAGAUUUUCAGUCUUUUUAAUUUUUCAGGAAUACUCCCACCCCAACCAGUGAUUGCAAGAUCCUGAAAAUAUGUUCUUUUCAUUUCUGUAACUCCAGUAGCAUAGUGAUCUGCACAUAUUUAAUAAAUGCAUGUUAAAACGUAAGCUAAUUUCUUUUAGUCCUCUCAGAGUCUGGUACAGUGCUGCCUGUAAUAGAUGAUCAAAAAUUAUUUGCACAAUAAAUAAAACUUAGAAAUCACUAUAUUGGUUAACUCCGCAUUUAGCAUUUAUGGUCAUUGGAUGUACUAGGACAAGUACGUGUUUCAACCUGUUCAUUUUAAGAUCAAGACAACUAGCGUUAAAUUUGCUCUAGAACGGAAACAUUGCUCUUUUCUAGGAAACCGAAUAUGUUAUUUUUAUCACUAUCGUUGAGAAACACACGCGGUGUUUUUAAUUUAACGUAGUAUACAUCCUCACUCCCAACAAAAACAAAACUAAAUUUUCAUUAUAAUGCUUAAAUUUAUGUGAACACUAAAGCACUAGAUUUUCCAGAUUCUAGAAUGAUGCAGUGAUCAUUCAGUAGAGUAAAGUAUGCUUUAUUUAGGCGGGCUUCAGAAAUAAAACUUCUAGAAAUUAAGCUUCCAGCCUUUUCACGUAUUUCAUCCAUAAUGCAAGGUUGUCGAGCCAGAGGUAAGCACACUUACCUUGGACUUCUCUGGGGAGGCUCCUACCAGUUCUCCCUUAGCAGCGCUGCCUUCUUUUAUUAGAACUGCUCCAAUGCAGCCCAGAUAGAAUGAUGUUUGCUACAUUUUGUUCCACGGACAUCAGACCUACAAUCAGUACAACCCACAGUACAAAAAAAAAAAAAAAGCCUAGCAGAUGAAUUCAGUGCCAACAGCAACAUCUUUACUGUUUUAUUUUGUACUUUAGGUAUGCAGGUGAGUAUGGAGGGAGCUGGGAGAGUCACUCAAAGACCUAUACCAGUGUGGAAAUAUCCAUAGCGGGCCAGCAAAUUCAUCUAAAACAAUUGAACUGCUGCCCUAUUCAACAUAGUGCCUCAUUCUUAAAUAAUUUUUUUUUAUCCCUAGCAACAGACAUGAGAUCCUUAUUUCAAGAAAAAUAAGAUACUUUACAUGCCAGAAGAUUUUUUGAUGACAGUGCCCCCUCCUAUUCUUCAUUUUUUAAAACAACAACCAAAUUGGUGGGGAGGCAGCCAAAAUUUGAGGUACCAGUGCCUCUCGAACAGAUGUCGCACCAUUAUUUUUUAGCUCGUUUAGAUGAAUAAACAUGUUAAACUGUGAAGUAUUACAUUUUAGAUUUUUUCAUUAAAAAAAGAGACAAUCUGUUUACUGUCCUAAUUGAGACAACAAUCCUUGUGGUUGCCAGUUUUGGCAGUCAUAACAAUGAACUAUAAAUAUUUGAACCAACCAAGUAAAUGGUGACUAUAAAGGCUAUAGCAUGUGUAAAGUUCUGUUUUCACGGGCACCCAUCUUAGCAUGGCAUCUUUUUUUUCUGACUUCUUCAAAUACAAUUGUGUAAAUCUGAAGUUUCAUGGUAAGCCUAAAAGAAAUUGAUUUCAAUAUCUAAUUUCGUUCUAGUUUAUUAUCCUUUUUAGUGUUCAGCUAUCCAUCUGCUUGUAACAAAUUGCUUCUGCAGUUGCUCUAUUGAAUGUGACAAGGCAGGUCUUCAUCGGAUUGCCUUCUCUGUACUUCCUAGGGAUAACACAAAGAAACCAGAGAUUUUUUUUUUUUUCUGUUUUCAAAUUUACAAAGUGGGGUUAAAGACAUUUUAGGUCUCUUAAAUUGCAGCAAUUAGUCUUUUUUAAGAGAAGGUUUUAUAAAUAAACCAUGUCCAGAUAUAACUUUGGGUGUAAUGCCCAUGAGAAGGAGGUCACAGUGUUAGCCGCAAUGGGAUGCUUUGCGUGGAACGCUGGUAUGCUCACAUACCGGUUGGAAGAUCAAAGAGAAAUCAUUCAGACAGAAACAGUUCUUUAGUACGCUAGUUCCCAAACAAUAGUCCAGGUAGCGAGUGCGCUUAUGGGCAUUUGGAGUGCCAUCGCUCCCUUUACCUACCCGUCGUCACCUACUCCGACCCUUCGCCUUCUCCUCUGUCUGUUCCAGUUCUAAACUCUAGGCAGUCUUUAACAACAUUCCCUUUCUCAGUUUGUAUGAACCUCACAUGUACGUUAGGUCAUACUUAAGUAUGUACUUACUAUGUUAACUGCCUCUACUCUGUUGCUUAAAAUGAAGAUUGAUCCUCAUCUGCUUUUCCCACUAUCUCUCACUUCUUACUACUGGCUUCUUUUUUAUCACUAACCACAUGCAUUACACAAAACUAGAGAGAAGAGGAUAAUGAACCCCAGUGUACCCAUCACCUAAACUGAACAAUUAUCAAUAUUUUGCCAUUCGUUUGUGUUUCCCCCAUUUUUUUUUUUUUGUAACCUGAGGUAUUUUAAAGCAAAUCCUAAAUAAGAGGACAUUUUACCUAUAAAUAUCUCAGUAUAGAUCUUUCACAAGAACUUGCAUUUGUUUGUUUGUUUGUUAUUUGUUUGGGUUUUUUUUUUCUUGCAUUACUAAGAAGCUAUUAUCACAGCUAAUAGGAUUAAAUAGUUAUUUCUUCUUAUCAUUUAUUACCAAGUCCAUAUUAAAAUGUCCCUAAUUGUCUUCAUGAUAUCUAUUAAUAAUAGGUUUUGAUUCAAGAUCUCUACUGUAUUUGAUAGUAUGCCUCUUAAAUUUCUUUUAUUCUAUAGCAAACCUCUGUUUCUUUGAUGCCAUUGAUUUGUUGAAGAAACCAAGUUAUUUGUCCUCUUGAAUAUCCAAUAGUCUAGAUUUUGUCUUUUUCAUUUUGUUAUUUAUUUUAGCCUUCUGUUUUUUUAUAUUUUCUGUAACUAGGAGUUAAAUCGUAGGCUGAAUUAGAUCCAGAUAGUUUUAUUACUAUUAUUUGUUUUUAAGGCAAGGGUAUGUCAUCAUAUUUAAUGAGACAUAUAAUCUCUGGUUGUUUUAUUUAUUUUAUUUUUUUGUUUUUAUUUAUUUUAUUUACUUCCUAGGUCUGUUAUCUCAUUAGGUAUUACCAAAUGACAUUUUUCUGUCUUUCCUUCAGUAUUUAAGGGAAAUUAUUCAAAAAAAACACUAAACUAUUUGUUUACCUUAAGGUAUGGUUCAUAACAAGAAAGGAAGGAUAAAUACUUGAACCUUUGCCUUUAUCAAAUGUCAGUAGGUUAGCACUCUCUAUUAGUGACCAAUGGAGAUUUGACUUUCCUGUUCCUGUUGUUGCUUUUAUUGUCCUUGUCAAGGCAUAGAUUUUUACAUAGGGGAAAUGUGUUUCAACCCAUUGCAAUCAUCAUUCCUUUCAGCAGUGAAAUACAAAUUCCAUUAUCAUGCUUUAUGGUAGAGGUAUUAUCAUUAAACUCAUGAAAGUUUUGUGCUUUUAUAUGAUUUUACAUUUUUCCAAAAGUGAUAGCCAGGGCAGAUUCUUAAAAUGAUAGGAAUAAGUGGUAAAUGUGGGGAAAAAACCUAACAUUUACAGGUUAUAUGAUUAACUGGAAAACUACUAAAAUAUUGAGUAAGAUUUAUGUAACAUGGUCCUUUAGAAAAUCACAAAAUUGAUGUGAAAACCAAUUGCUCUAAUAAUUAUAAUAGCUAAAUAUCAUAAUAUAAAAUAUAUUUUACAAUCACAAUCAAAAUUAUGAAUUGUCCUGAAAAAAAUCAGCAAGAAAUAUGAAGAGUCUUCAUCGGAAAAAAGACCUCACAGGGUAACAUAAUCAAAUUUUAAUAAAAACGAGACCAACUGUCUCCCUGGAUGAGAUGAUUCAAUAUCGUACAAAUAUAAACUUUCUUCUAAAUUGGAAACAGAAAAGAGAACCUUAAUCCACCAGAUAUUAAAGUGUAUUAUAAAGUUAUAAUAAUGAAAAUAAUCUCAUAGUCAAGGAAAGUAGACAAGCAAUAAAAUGUGCAGUUGGGAAAUAGAUCUAAAUAUAAAUAUUUAAUGUGUUAUGUAAGUCAUGAAGAUGGAAAGAUAGAUUAUUUAUUAAAGAUAUUAAAACAAUUGAGUACCCAUUGGAAAAUUAAAAGAUGCCUAUACCAUGACUUAAAACAAGAUUAAUUUCUGAUGAAAUUUAUGAUUUCUAAAUGGGGAAAAAAGUAUUAGAAGAAAUUGUAGCAUUUUUAGAAUCUUUUAGUAGAGAAAUUAUUUCUAGGCAUUGAUUCAUGAGUCAGAAAUCAUAAAGGAAGUACUCAUGGAUUACAGCACAUUAAAUUAAAAUCUAACACACAGCCCAGCACUCAGUGUUAAUUAAAGAUGUGAAGAAACAGUUUCUUUCAUAUACUGCUUGGGGGAAUGGUAAUCUCGAGAACACACUUUCUGGAAGACACUUUUGCAGUGUACUUUAAAAAUCUAAAAUUUCAUAUAUAUUUUAGUUGCCUUCAUAUCUCUAGAAAUUUGUUUCAAGAUAAUAAUGCCUGUAGUGUGCAAAAAUGCACAAAGUAUAUUAACCACAGCACUGUUCGUAACCUCAAAAAAACUGAAAGCAAUGUAAAUGUCCAGCAUAAGAGUCUUUUUAAAUGCAUUGUGUUACAUCUAUUAAAUAAAGUGUGAUGGAUUCAUUAAAAUAAUAUAUAUUUAUACCUACUGAGAGAUACGGAGAGAGAGGUGAAGCACUUAAAAAUAGGAUACAUGUGAUAUGAUUCUAUUUUGCUUGAAUAUACAUGUCUGUGUGUCUGUAUACAUGUGUGUCUGUAUGAGUAUGUUUGAAGACUAUUUAGCAAGAAGGUAAAGGGUAUUUUUGGAUAUUGGAUUAUAAUCCAAUCCUCCACUCUACAGGGAGGACUAGAAAGGCAGUGUUUAACUGAGCUGUAUCAUGAAUCCAGACACUUGCUAAGUCUGUCCACUUCUCUUCCCGUUAUGUUCUUCUAUUUUUCCUUCAUUUAAUAACCAUAAAGCACGUAUCAGGUACCAAUAAGUCAUCUUUCACAGUUCCCCAUCUAUCCACUGUUAGUAUGGAAAAAGACAGUUCUGCUUUUCUUAUUUUUAUUUUUAUUUUUUAGUGAGAAAUUUAAGAAUGCUUCAGAAAGGAUCUGAUAUUUAAGUUUAUUCAUUUUCAUUCAAAAAAUAUUUAUUGAGCGCUUGCCACAUGGCAGAACUUGCUUUGUGCUUGCAAUAAAUCUGUGACUAUUAAGAACUAGAAAGCAAAAACAAUAUUCUUGCUGUCAUGACAUAUGAUCUUGAGAGAUGGUAAUGGUUUCAUCAAACAGAAAAAGAGGGUGAAAAAGGUAUUCCGAGUAAGAGAAAAACCAGUAUUAGUGCUUGGCCAGUUCCAGCUGGCGUCUAGAAUACAGAAUGUAUGUGGUAUAGUGGGGCAGGAAGUUUGGUUAUAAAUGUCCUCUUGUGCUCAUCGUUAACCUUCUUUCCUUUCUCUGCCUAAAACCAUUUUCUCUUAUUUAAUCCGUAAAGCGCCUACAUAUCUAUCCUUCCAAGAUUUAUCUGUUGCCAGAUAAAUCCCUGGACUUUAUCCUCAUAAGCCCCCCCCCCCCCCCCCGCUCCCGUCCCCCAUCCACCCAAGGCGAUUCUUCUCUUACAUAGAAUUUAUUACAUGAUUAUCCAUUUAUGUGUCUGAUUCUUCAACUGGACUCUAGGUCUUUAAGGAAGGAACUGUGGGAUUCAUCCUGAAUCUCAAAAGCCAAGUGCUGCCCUAGACCCAUGGUUUAUACCACAGUAAAUACUUCUGAAUGAAUAAGUACUACACCUCAUUCCCUAGAACAGGAUUUCCCCACGUUCACAUUUACUGACAUUAUGAGCCAGAUAAUCCUUCGCUGUGGAGAUGUGUCCUGUGCAUUGCAGGGUGCUCAGCAGCAUACUUGGAUGCUAGUAUGCAACUAGAUGCUAGCAGCACCUUCCCGGCCCCAGUUAUUGUGGGAGGAGGUCAUCCAGAGGUUGACCAAUGGGGAUGGAGGUCCCUCGGCCCGCCCCUGUCUUGGGAGUGCACUUCCGCUCCCAGGCGAUCUUCACAGCCGAAAACGAAAGGUCGAUUGUCAAGGCUGCUGGCAACCUCGACGGAGCACAGUGGCCUUCGUACUGUCUGAACCUGGAUCACUGUCCUUGACAACCAAGGUAGAAAAAUCAUCAGACCUUAUCAGAUCUGUUCUCUGCUUGUCAUCUGUCAGCAUUGUACAAUCGGACCUGAGCCACAGGCAAACCUGGACCUUCCCUGCUCUUAUGUGGGAUAUCAACCUUGUGGUGUUCUGCUCCAGUCUUGAGAGUUACCACGCAUUGCAGCAGACAUGUUUAUUUGCGUAAAAGGACACCUUGUGAUAACAGUGGCAGUACUCUUGCAACUUGCCCAUUUCCUGAACUGCUUGGAAAUGUAUCGAAGACAAACACUACAGAUGCAGGUGGACAGGAAGGAUAUGCUAUCAUUUUGUGCCAAUUUGUGGACAGACAUGGAAGAGAGCAUUUUCUGAUGUAAAAAGGUUAAUGCCAACAAUGCAGGUGAAGGAAGGUAUAGAAGUUUGAUGAAGCAAAUGGAUGGAAAGAGUGAAAAAAAGAAAUUGGAGAGGAAGGUGAAAGAGAGAGGAAACUCGAGUUUCAGCAGCCAUUUUAUGACCAUGAGAUGACAAGUGUGAGGAUUAAAAGCAACCCACUAACCAUGGAUAGAGGAAAAACAGAAUAAACCCGGGUCUCCAUUGGCAUCGGUGGACAGCUGAACGAAGGUAAAUAAUUGUCUACCACUAAAAUCUUUGUUAUUGAACUUACAUUGUUAAAACUGUUAGUAGAAUCUUCUAUUAUUUGAAAUCAAAAGCGUUCCUAACAGAAAUACAUGGCGUACAUUGCCUACCAUAAUUCUCCCACCUUCCAGUGAUAUCAGUGUUCUUUGAGUUCCUAAAAUGUUCAUCCCUGCCUUGGUGACUCCUAUCAUACCACCCAAUCCCCCACCCUCACACUUCACCUAGCUAAUGCCUUCUCAGUCUCCAAAUCACAGUUAAAAUGUGUCCAAGAGACUUUCUCUGAUCCCUAGAGUAGGUCAUCUCCUUCAGUUAUAUACUCUUGUAACUUCCACUGAUUGUCUUUCUUGGUACACAUUUGAAGCACAUAUUCACACGCAUAGGUAUUUAAUAAUAUUGUCUUUUCCACGAGAGUGUUCAGAACGGUUGAAGCUAUAUUGCUUACUAUUGUCUGCCCAAUUUUUAGCAAACAGCAUGGCAUUGAAUAAGCAUUGAGUUACUUCAAGGAAGGAAAGAAAGAACAAAAGAAGGAAGGAAGAAAGUUCAUGUGAACUAAAAUCUCAAAUCUGAAGUUAAACUUGGGCUUUCCUUUGAAUUUUUAGCUUUCUAUCUCAUGAUAGUGGUAUUUCCCCUGCCAGGUAAGUAUUGCUUUCUAUCUUACAUGUGAAAAAAAAAGAAA